CCCGCUCUUUGCAGAAAAUCCCAACAGGGGAGCCGGCGCAUGCAACAGUGGGGAGGCCGCGCGCAACUCAGGCGCGGUCCGUGCAUCACCUGCCGCGCAUGCCGCAAGGAGACCCACGCCCGCAGGCUGCCCAGGCCAGCGUGCACUGAGCCGCGCCCGCUUCCAGGGCGGUAGGCGCGGCCGCUCCGCUACAGGCUGGCGGCGGCUGCUCUGCACCGCGUCCCCCCCGCCUCCCGCAGCCCUUCCCUUCUCUGCUCUCCCCGCCCGCCGCAGCCGCCCCCGGGAGACCAGCUGCCGGGGCGGGGCCAGUCUCCAAUAAAAAGCGUGGCUGCUGCUUUUUCUCCCCCCGGGCCGCGAUCCAGGGAGGGCUGAAGAGUUGGAGUCAUGGGGACCUGCGUGGAGCUGAACACUAAGGCAAAGAUGCCCAUCCUGGGGCUCGGCACCUGGAAGUCUCCACCAGGGAAAGUACAGGAUGCAGUGAAGGAUGCCAUUGACAUUGGAUACCGCCACUUUGACUGUGCCUACGUGUACCAGAAUGAGAAUGAAGUAGGGGAUGGGAUCCAGCAGAAAAUCAAAGAAGGGGUUGUGAAACGAGAGGACCUCUUUGUUGUCAGUAAGCUGUGGUCCACAUUCCACGAGAAACCUCUGGUGAAGGGAGCAUGCCAGAAAACCCUUGAUGCAUUGAAACUGAAUUACCUGGAUCUGUAUCUCAUUCACUGGCCUUUGGGAUUUAAGGCUGGAGAGCAGCUGUUUCCUGCAGAUGAGAAAGGCAUGGUCUUGCCCAGUAGCACAGAUAUUCUGGACACUUGGGAGGCUAUGGAAGAGCUGGUGGAUGCAGGUCUGGUGAAAGCCAUUGGAAUCUCCAACUUUAACCACGAACAGAUUGAGAGAAUCUUGAACAAGCCUGGGUUAAAAUACAGGCCUGCCAACAACCAGAUUGAAUGCCACCCAUACCUUACCCAGGAAAAGCUGAUUAAGUAUUGCCAAUCCAAAGGAAUCUCUGUCACAGCAUACAGUCCCCUCGGAUCUCCUGACAGGCCAUGGGCUAAACCAGAGGACCCUUCCCUCUUGGAUGACCCCAAGAUUAAGGAGAUUGCAGCCAAGCACAACAAAACCCCAGCUCAGGUUCUGAUCCGGUUUCAUAUCCAGAGAAAUGUGAUUGUGAUUCCCAAGUCUGUUACCCAACAUCGUAUUGAAGAGAACUUUAAGGUGUUUGACUUUGAAUUGACUAAAGAGGAGAUGGAAACCAUCCUCACCUUUAAUAGGAACUGGAGAGCCUGUGCAUUCACCAUGUGCACAAAUCACAAGGACUAUCCUUUCAAAGCUGAGUAUUAAAGCUGGUGGUGUCUUGCCAUGCUUCCUGACCCCUGGCAGUGGUUCACUUCUGCUGUUACCUCUGACUUGUUCAUUUGUCCCCAUAGCAGUUUUUCACACUACAGCUAUCACACUGUACUUCUAUUCUGGCCACAGAAGAUGUGCUCAAAGGAAAUUUUAUAAGGAGUCUGAAGAACAAAACACUGAAUAUAAUUUGGACCUCCUUAUUACGUGGGAGUGUUUUUGCCAAGAUGGGCUGGGAUUGGCUCAAGUUGAACAGAAAAUACACUAGUUCAGAUUCUCUGUUCACGCUGUUUCACAACAGGUUGUAAUGUGAUUGAGAUUAUCUCUGCUCCCAGAUGGGAGGGUUAGACAGCUGUCAUUUGGAAGAGCCAAUUCUGAAGCCUUGUCCGUUAAAUUCCUGUUUUUGGGAACACUCCUUUGCCUUUCGCUCCCAGGUUGAAGUGCCAGUUGACUUCUGAGUAUGGACAAUGCUACCUGUGCAGCUCUCCCAAACAAUGGAGCUUUUUUGGCCAUCUAAAACUGUGUGUUUUCGCUUGUAAUAAAAGGUUGUCUCGUU